AGCCCCGCCAUGGCCCUGUGGACACGCCUGGUCCCCCUGCUGGCCCUGCUGGCGCUCUGGGCCCCCGCCCCGGCCCGUGCCUUCGUCAACCAGCACCUGUGUGGCUCCCACCUGGUGGAGGCGCUGUAUCUGGUGUGCGGAGAGCGCGGCUUCUUCUACACGCCCAAGGCCCGCCGGGAGGUGGAGGGCCCCCAGGUGGGGGCGCUGGAGCUGGCCGGAGGCCCGGGCGCGGGCGGCCUGGAGGGGCCCCCGCAGAAGCGCGGCAUCGUGGAGCAGUGCUGUGCCAGCGUGUGCUCUCUCUACCAGCUGGAGAACUACUGUAACUAGGCCUGCCCCUGAUGCCAAUAAACCCUCGACUAGCCUGC